UGAAAGUUUAAAAGUAAACUUUUAUGCAAAAAUUUUAUUUAUUGAAUUAAAAUGUCAUUCUUUAUAAAAGGCAAGCAGCAGAAUGGCGUAAAACGAGCAAAGUAUGCAGUUACGAAGAUUAAGAAACGUAAAUUAACGGAUAAACCAGUAAAGACUAAAAAGGACGAGGAAAUAACCAGCAGUGAAGAUGAAGACCUAGUUAAAGAUAAACUAUCUGAUGCAUCUCUUUCAGAGGACGAGCAUGAAACCGCACAAGAAAAAAAGCUUCGUUUAGCUAAGAUUUAUUUGGAAGAAAUAGAAAAGGAAGAAAAAGCUAGAAGGGAAGAUAAAGAAGUAGAUGAAGCAGUUUUGUCUAAGAGGUUAAAGGAAGACUAUUUGAAGGAGACAGGUAAAUUACGACUGCAAGUAGCCAAAAAUUAUAAACAAAUAGAUGAAGAAAACCGGUUAACUUUAAAGUGUAGAGAACAACACAAAAGUCUUACUUGUUUAUGUAUUUCUUCUGAUGACCAAUAUGUGUUUGCUGGUAGUAAAGAUGGAGUAGUUGUGAAGUAUUCCUUAUCAGAUAAUAAAAGAAUAGGUGUAAUUCCAUUUGUUAAAAACUCUCAGGAAGAAACAGUGGGUCACAGUAGUGAAAUUUUGAGUUUAGCAAUAUCGUCUGAUAGUAAAUAUUUAGCUGUAGGUACAAAAUCCAGUGAUGUUUAUAUCUGGGAUCCAAAUACUUUUAAGUUUAUCAAGAAGUUUCAAGGACAUAAAAAAUCAGUGACUGGUGUUUGCUUUAAAAAAGACUCUCAUACAUUAUAUUCAUGUUCUAAAGAUAGGACUGCUAAAGUGUGGAGUUUAGAUGAAAUGGCAUAUGUGGAGACAUUGUUUGGACAUCAAGAUAUUAUAUCUUCAAUAGAUGCUCUCUAUAGAGACAGAUUAGUUUCUUCUGGUGGAAGGGAUUUGAGAUUGUGGAAAAUUACUGAAGAAAGUCAAUUGAUAUUCAAUGGACACACAGGAAAUAUUGAUAAUGUUAAAUUGAUAAAUGAAGAUACAUUUGUUUCUGGAGGUGAUGAUGGAGAAAUAUGUAUAUGGAGCAUGAUGAGAAAGAAACCUUUGUGUGUUAUCAACAAUGCACAUGGUGUUGAUCCACAAACAAAAAUACCCUUUUGGAUAAGUGCUGUCACUGCUCUGCAUAAUACAGAUUUGAUAGCUUCAGGUUCACAAGAUGGCUUUGUCAGAUUGUGGAAGUUAGAAAACAACUUUAAAGCCUACAAACAACUUAUGCAGAUACCUGUGGAAGGUUUUGUUAAUUGUUUACAGUUUACAGCAGAUGGUAAGAGACUUCUUAUUACUGCUAGCAAAGAACAUAAAAGUGGAAGGUGGACUACAGUAAAAUCUGCUAGGAAUUGUAUAUUUGUUGUACCAUUUUUACUAAAUUGAUUUUUUAUGGUAUAUGUUUUUAUAUUAAGAAAUAUAUGUAUAUGAUUUUU